AUGCUCCCGACGGAGAAGAAGAAGAUCACCGCCGUCUGCGUGGACUGCCAUGAGAAGAUCGCAGCGAAGUGCUCGGGAGCGCCACCAUCCCGAGCGGGAAGGCAACAUGGUGGCUCUGUUUGGCCGGUGCUGCGUUACCCGAACCUCAACCUGGUCAUCUACGACAGGAUCUUCAGCUGCGCACUGGGCACGGCUCGCUGUGAGCCAUGGUUAGACAACGCGCCGAAGAAGGAAGAGUCCAAGGGAAAGGGCGCCGACCCCGGCUCCUUCUUGGAACAUCUCUACGGUAGCAGCGGCGUGGGACCAGAUGCGGAUUUGAUCCAAAUGAUCGAGCGCGACUGCGUGGACCGAUGCCCCUCCGUGAAGUGGGAGUCCAUCGCGGGCCUGGAGCAAGCCAAGGCUUUGCUCGAAGAGGCGGUGAUCUUGCCUCAGGUAAUGCCAGACUACUUCCAGGCAGGUGGGACAGGAUGGAGAGUCUUGAUGUUUGGUCCACCGGGCACAGGGAAGACCAUGCUGGCCAAGGCCGUGGCGACGCAGUGCUCCACCUCAUUCUUCAAUGUCUCGGCCUCCACCAUGGCGAGCAAGUACCGCGGUGACUCGGAGAAGCUGGUGCGGCUGCUCUUCGAGAUGGCGCGCUUCUAUUCUCCGACGACCAUCUUCUUCGACGAGAUCGACGCGCGCGUCGGGCUUACGAACAGCUCAGCUUGUGAAACUGGCUUCUGCGUGGGGAGUGAGGAGAGCAACGAGACGCGCCAGGUGAGUGUCCUCGCCGCGACGAACCGCCCGUGGGAUUUGGAUGAAGCCCUGCGGAGGCGGAUCUACAUCCCUUUGCCGCAAGACGAAGGUCGGAAGCAGCUCUUCGAGAUCAACCUUCGUGAGGCGAAGCGAGUGGAUGAGACGGGAGGAGACGGGACGGUGAACGGCGGAAAUCGAACCACCGCGUUUCGGAGGAACGUCCGGCUUGCGAUUCGAUGCGAACUGGUGGUGAAGGUGAAGUUGGGCACCGACGUGGCCGUCGCUGGCUUGGUGGAGAAGACCAAGGGCUACAGCGGUGUGGAGCUCGAUUCAUGCCGACUUCGUUCGAUUGGCGCCGAUGUGACGAACGUGUGUCGCGAAGCCGCGAUGAUGGGACUCCGGCGGCGCAUGGCCAAAGCGCGACAAGAAGGAGUGGUUCAACGGGCCGCGCGCUUGUGGUCGAGCAAGAGCUUGGUUGAAAUGCACAACCUCAAGCAGGAGGUGGAUGUGCCUGUGACGCAAGCGGACUUCUUCGAAGCGAUCCACAAUGUCAACCGCUCUGUAGGCACCUCCGACGCCAGUCGGAUCCACAGAGUUUUGAUUGUGGCGAGACGGAUGAGGCGUGGAAAGGCUUGCUUCAAGGGGAGGGAGGUAUUGGGAGAAGGCGAGGACGUGCUGCUGGAUCUCUGUAAAAAGGUCACUGAACGGAACGUUGCAACCGUGUUGCUCCCUGAAGUCUUGCGCUCCAAACAGAAGCUUCCUCAAGUCUUGAAGCUGUUCCACAAGCUGAACAAAGGCAAUCUUGCAUUUGUCACCUUGGAAGCACUGAGGGAAGAUGGGAACAUGAAGUUGAAGAUUGACCUGCACGACUUCCCCGAGCGAAGUGCUCACGUGGCUUUGUGCCAUUGGUUGUCAACUGCAGUCGCCCAGAAGCUUCAGCAGUCGCCCAACAGCUUCACCUGCCUCGUCGUCACAGGACAUGGACCGUCUGGCACGGAGCUUCGCGAUGCGGCCUUGGAGCUGUUUCGAACCCUGCGGCUGGACGCGUCACCUGUGCCAGAGACUCCGGGGUGGAUUCGCUUAGUUUUGACGAAGGGGGACCUGCCAACGUUGCGUGUGUUGGCUUUGCAUUGGGGCAACGAAGAUCUUCAGCGCUUUGCCGAUUGGAUGAAGGAGUUCGGCAGCGGGCGAGAUGGGAGCUUUGCCUUGGUGGACGGUUUGUUGCUUUUGGAGCCAGCACGUUCUCAGCACGUCACCACUCUGAUAGUACAUCAAAGUCAAAAAGAGAUUUGGACACCUUCGAAUCGAGAUAUCGAUUCCCAUGAGACUUACCAGAUGACCGACAGUGCCUUGCACUGGAAGCUGGGAUCUGUGAUCCUUUGGUCGCUCGUUUGGCCGACGCUCCAUGCGGCCAGCUUGCCGUUGGCUGGUCUGUGCGGCUUUCAAGUGAAUGGCCGACAGCGACAGCGGUUCUUGAGAAGAGUUUUGCGCUCACAGGUUUACUACACGAUGGCAGCCCCCUUCGGUUUAGUGAUGACUCCACUCAGAUUCCCCUGGCGUCGAUUCUGGCUGCUGGACCGGGACCCGCCGGACGUGAUCUCCGAGAUGUUUGAGAUGCUGGGAGGUGAUGCCUCCGUCAUUUGCUUUUCCGCCGCAGCGAUGACACAUUGGCUGAUGGCCAUUAGCGAGGACUGGCGUGCUUGGCGCUUUUUGGCCGUGCACUGUCAGGAGCUGGAGACGGUGCAAGAGCAUCAAGUGCUUCAAGCCGCCUCCAAGCUGUGCUGGCUGUACACGGUACACCACCUAGUAGCGGCUAUGGUCUUCGCCUACUACUUGGUCUUCGAUGAGCUUGCCGUCCUGUGCUGCUUUGGUGCGUUGUUCGAGCUACCUGUUUGCUUCACCAACCUUCGCGACUUCGUCGUGACCUUUCACAAGGAGCUGGAAGAGUACUUUUCUCGCUUCCCCUUGGUGACGCCCUCCUUCUGCCGCCGCUGGUGGCGCCUCACCGCCGUGGGCGUCCUGCUGGGCCGCGGCACCGCGCUGGGCAGCUUCGCCUAUGCCACGGCACUGUGGGGCCAGGUCGUCCGGACGACGGGCUUCGCCAGGUCCGAAGGUCGACGUCGACACAAGGGGCGUUUCGAUCGACGGCGCCGUGGUGACGGGACAUAGGAAACACCACAUUGCUGCAUUGCUACUCCCCCAAAAAGGAAGAAGGUGCAAGUAAACCAACUAGAACCAUCUAGAACCAACGAAUUACCCGCCAGAACGACCACUAGCAACAAAGCGAGUUCAACAGCAAUCUCCUACCCAGUCUUUCCAUGUUUCAUUAUUUGUGACGAUUAUCAGCCAGUAUUCUCAAAGUUGUUUUUUUUAGACUUCCCCGUCCAACACGACAAACAUGGAAUUGGAAUUUGGGCUUUUUGGAAGACGAGUUUCCACUACACCUCCGGGCAAGGGCCACCAAACAGUUUUCUUGGCUUGCAUUUGCUUAGCUUUGCUUCAAUCUUAUCUCUGGUAUUUGAAAACACACUACUGUAUUGAUGUUUUUUUAAAUCCAUUUUUUUAAAAUAAGUUUCUUGCCAUCAGGAGCUUCAAGCUAUGCCGGGCGCGGUGCGGAACGGCUUCCAACUUUUUGGUAGCACCUUCUCGCUUCUCUCGGUGCUUUGGUCCCUGCAAUUGCUGGCCGACCGCACGGCGGAUGCUUGGGUCGUUCUGGGUGGUGAUGCAGCGCACUCUCUUUUUACGCGGUGCAUAUUGAGACCUCAUGAACCUGGAGAUUUCAUAUUUCAAUCACCCCCGAAUGGCCAGUUCGGAAGUGCCAUUUCAGCUCCCUUGUUCAUCACUUGGUACAACCUGAAAGUGCUUUUGUGCCGAGACUGAACUGGGAACUGGAACGAGUCGUGAAGCGUUUUCAAAGUUCUUGAUGUGGUUCAAGACAAGGACUUGCGUGGUUUGUAAACGCUUGUAAACGAUGUUCCCAAGUUUUUCCAGUGGUUUGGGGAACUAUGCCAAUUGGUUACUCUGCCCUACAUCCCCAGGAGCAAAAAAUGCUCCUGUAUAGAUUGAUACGUGCUUGUUCAACCAAGGACAUCUAUACCUUGCAGAGACAAAGCGAAUCACUGCGAAGUCUAUAAGGGUCUGUAGCCAAUGGUGUCUUCAUGUGGAACAGACUGGAGUUGUUUGCCCGCGAGCAGCGCUGGGCUUACGAUACACCGUAGCCAAUGGACUCCCCAGGAGUCUGAUGGCCCAAAAAAUCUUGGCACAGCGCCUACCACAGACGGACUCGCAUUAUGACUCGCACGGACGCAAGCCAGUUCGGAGCCAGUUCGGCUGUGGCGUCUUUCGGAUCUCCGUCCCGUCCUCAACGGCUGGCCUGGCCACCUGUGGAGAUUCCCUCGUCUUGGGCCACAGAUCCAGUCACAGAUAUGGUCACGGCUACGUGGGAAGAUCGUCAAGUCUUGAUGAUAGGAACAUCUAACAGUAACACCUGAAGAUCGUUCGCAAGGUCUCCAAUAAUCACAUUGUCUAGCUUCAUCUUCCUGCUCUUGUAUGGUCUUCCUGCUCUUCGAUUGACUAUGGAUGACUAUGGCUUUCCUGGUCGUUUUUCCAAGAUUGACAUGGCUGAUAGCCCUGCCGUUCUUCGCACAUCAGGCUGCCCGUUCUAAAGCUCAGCGCGGCCAGCGAGUGCGAGGAAAAAAAACAUGUGCUGGGCGAGCUGGGGCUGUCGGG